AUGACGGAGUACAAGCUGGUGAUUUUGGGUGCCGGAGGUGUGGGCAAGAGCGCUCUCACGGUCCAGUUCGUCAAUCACACGUUCCUCGAGUUCUACGAUCCCACUAUCGAAGAUUCGUAUCGAAAGCAAGUAGAAAUCGAUGCCAUCACAACAAUCCUCGACAUCCUUGACACCGCCGGGCAGGAAGAGUUCGCGGCCAUGCGGGAGCAGUACAUGCGACAAGGGCAGGGCUUUGUUCUCGUCUACAGUGUGACAAAUCGGUCGACGAUGGAGGAGGUUACGGCGAUGAGGAACCAGGUCGGGCGGGUGAAGGAGGGCGACGGCAUGGCCGACGUGCCGCUGGUGCUGGUGGGCAACAAGAUCGAUCUCGUGGACAGCCGCGUGGUCUCCACCGACGAGGGCGCCGAGCUGGCCCGGAAGCUCAACUGCCCCUUCGUCGAGGCCAGCGCCAAGGAGCGCAUCAACGUCGACGAGGGCUUCUACCAGGUGGUGCGCGAGAUCCGACGCAUCUCGGCCAAGAAGGCCGGCGCCGCCGGAGGAGCCAAGAAGAAGGGGGGCCGAGGCGUCACCUCAAAGGGCCGAGGCCAGUCCGGCAAGAAGAAGGGAUGCCUCCUCUUCUAG